AUGAGGGCGGUUUCUCGGAUGCUCAUCACAUAUUUAGAUGAUCUAACCGAAAUCCAAAACGAGCAUUAUAAGGCUAUCGUUUGUCUUUGUCAGUAUGCUCAACUCGUGCCUGAAGACGUGAUUGUCAAGGAGAACAUUUUGAAAUGGCUCACAUUCCUUGGCGAAAACGAGUUGACUUUUGCGAAAAUCAAAGAAUUCAAGAUGGACUCGUUGUCCCCAUUAUAUACGGAUAUUGUAAACCUGUUCCUAAGCUAUAUGAAAUCGCGAGAGCACAGAGUGGAAAGACUGGAAAAAAUGAAACAUUUAUACGAGAAGAUCAAGGAGAUUGGAUUGAAAAAGAAAUCAUUCGGAACAUUUGAUCUUCUCUCCUUCUCGUCCUGGAUGAUGUCACUGUUAUCCAAUGUUCCGAUUCAUUCAAAUAUGGAGAAAUCGGAAUUUCCUGAACGUUCUAACUAUCUGCUUGAUGCUUCCAUUAAGGCAGAUUCCCUUGUUCGCAACCGAUUACCCGGCCUUUCACCAUAUUCAUUUGAGAAUACUGCAAAUGCUUCCGUUUUUGACUAUCUGGAAAACUCCAAAAAUCCAGUAUCUCCUACAGAAUACAUAUGCCUGGGUUCUUCAAUUGCUUGGAUGUUUGAGAUCCGAAAAGAACUCGCGUUUUUCUAUACUUCAAUUGCACAAUCUAGAGAGGCGAUGUCAGCAUUUGUUCUCAAUUGGAGGGUAGCUCUACGAUCCGCUUCGCUGCAGAGGAUUCUACAAGCAGCCAAUGGAGCUUUCUAUUAUUACAAAGUAAUUGACGAGCCGGAAUCCAAAUCCUACUUGAAAACUAUCAACGCAACAUGUGUGAAUCUUCUCUCGCCUGAAGCUGUUGUUGUUCGAUGUAGUACGCCAAUAAUGCAGGAUGAGAACGAUGAGUACACAAUAAGAAAAACGGUUUCUUCAAGAAAGGCCAACAUUCGCCGAAUUGCUGGUGAUGAUGAGACGUUGACGAUGCAUGAGAUUACUGAAGAAAUGAAUGAUUUGAAAAUUGAAGAGGAAUGUAUUCUUCAUCGUGUGUCGAAAACAUGUCGGUGCACCACUUGUACGCAUUACUACAAUAUGAGCUCGUUUUCGAUUGAGUACCAAUUCUCCAAGGCAUUGAAUUCGGAUUUUUCGCAAGAUUCGAUUGUUGAGAUUGACAAGCAAUACGUAGACAUUCGUCUUGAGAUGAUGAAGGUUCAGCGUCUGCUUUUCAAGGAGGCUGUCAAGCCGAGGCCGGGAAUUGCGUUGAACGAGAUUUUUGCGAUGUGUGUCAUUCGAUGGAUUUCAAACAAAAUUGCGCGACGUGAGGAAUUCGAUGAGACGAGCGUUCAGAUUUUGAAAAAUGCAAUGAAAGCAUCGAGAUAUGUGCCGCUUCGGACUCUCGAACACUCGCUGAUACUGAAUCAGCUCCAUCGAAAAUAUCGAAAUCCGCUGCCGUGUCGACUUUCGUGGAUGCAGCCGGUUGAACGGAAGCCGUUUGUCAAAAUUGGCAUCGAAUGCGCUGUCGAUAUUCUUCGAGCCGUUUCGCCGUUUGGCCGCAAGCCGAAGUUGGCGAGGGAAAGAAUUUCUGAGGCUGAAAAGCUGAAAGAAAUCGAAGUCGCUUAUCAAGUGCAUCAGGAAAUUCGAACGGAGAACGCCCUUCAUUCACACUUAUUGUAUAGAGAAUGGCGAGCGAGCGCAUUUCCGUAUGCGGCCAGAAUCUGUCAGGAUCCUUGGGAAAGCGCUUACGCUUGGGCUGAAGCAACUGCUGUUGGUUCAAGAGGUGCUCUUCAGAAUAAAAUCGGAAUAUGCCGACGUGACUGUGUGACCAUUUCUGGAGCAAUGAAACUCAAGACGUUUGUUCGAGCGAUGCCGGAAGAAAUGACCAUUGUGCAGAUUGCGAGAUGUGACGAUGGUCACGUUUAUCUGAUCAAAAUGCACUGCGAUAGAGAUCCGAUUGUGAUGCCGAUUGCUCAUGCGACGCAAGCCACUGAACUCAUGGACAAGUUCACACAUUUGCUGCAGGAGGAUGAACGAAUCGCAAGAGAUCCGGGAGAUCGUACGCCGGAACAAUUUUGGAAUACCAGAAAAGCAAUAGAUGCUAGAGUCAAGUCGCUUGUCGAAGAAGCCGAGAAGAAUUUUCUUGAUGUCGCCGCUUAUUUGCUGAGACCUUCUAUUCGAGUUGGCGAAAAAACGCUGAGGAACGCAGCGAGGAUCGAAAAACAGCUGAAUGCGAAAAUUCGUCUCGGAGAAGCUAAAGAGCUCGUGUUUUUGAGUUCGAAAAUGGAGGAAAGGGCGUGGAUCAAGUUGAUGUUGAGAUACUCCGAGUUGCGCAAUGUUGUCAGUCUUACUGAAACGACACUAUCGGCAUACUAUAGGAGGUUCCGCGACGAUGUGGACCUCGACGGUGUGCCGAAUCCGGGCAAAAUGUACACUUACCUCGUCAUUUGCCCGGAUUUAUCGCAAUUCUGUUGGGAGAAUUUGCCGAUUUUCGCGUCACAUCCGUUCGUUUGCCGAAUGGUCUCGAUUCAUGCGAUGAUUAACCAUUUCGAGUCGCUCAGUUUGAACAAGAAGCAGGUUCCGCUUCACGUCGAUCUUGACAAGUCGUACUAUGUUCUGGAUCCGGACAAUAAUCUUGGGCAGACGAAAAAGCGAAUGCUCGAGUUUAUCAAUAAAUUCAAAUGGGAGGGAACUGUUGGAGCCGCGCCGAAGCCGAAUGAAGUUGUUAGCGCUCUGGAGAACAUGGACGCUUUCUUCUACUUUGGCCAUGGAUCCGGAUCGAAGCAUGUACAUCGAAAUACAGUGAAACAUAGCAAAUGCAACGCGAUUAGUUUGCUGAUGGGCUGCGGAAGUGUUCGAACGUUGCCGCAAGGUGUUGGAUGGGAUGGAAAAUCGGUUCUGCUCGAUUAUGUUCUCGCGAAAUGCCCAUUGGUUGUUGGAUGCCUUUGGACGAUCACUGAUGGCGAAAUCGAUCGAUAUUUAAUGAGAAUGGUCGAUGAUUGUUUCGAGAAUAAUGGAGGGUUUGCUAGACAAGAGAGGAAUUUGAAGCAGCUAUCGGAAGCCAUGGAGAGCGCUCGAUCCAAAGCGAAACUGAAAUAUCUUACGGGUGCUUCGGUGGUGAUGUACGGAUUUCCGAUAAUCGCGAAGCCAGGCGAUUCAGAAUCAGCCGCGAAAAUGAGUGCGAUUAGCGAGAAAAUGCUGAAAUCGGUGUAUGAGAAUCAAAUAUUCGCUGAUUGUGUAACUUCGCGUCCAAUAGUCUCGAGAAUUGCUGCUCAAACGCCUACAAAUGAUAUUGUAAAAACGCGAGGAAUUCAAGUUUUUGAGAAUAUUGAUGAACCGACGACGCCGACGCGGACGCGCAUGCGAGCAACUAGAAACUUAUAG